AUGGUGGACCCACUGCUAGGGCUGCUGUCUUUUCUGUGCACGAGUCUGCUUCUCGUCUCCACUCAUGGGUACCUGACACCGCCGGUCCCUUUCCCGUCAUCACUGGAGAAGCUUGUGCCGAAUCCGACCGGGGAGGUGGUGUACAAAAACUCCAGUGUGUUUGGAGUCGUGGACAAAGCCGUGAUCCUCGAUUGUGGUCCGGCGAGACCGAUACCCGAUAUCUACAUAUGGAGUUUCACCAAACCUGGCUCUCAAGAAAUCAAAAAUGUGGUGUAUAAUUUGGGCAAAGGGCCGAGGAUGCAGACCUUUGCCCGCAUUCUGGGGCAGGUCACGGUCAUCUCAGACUCUGCUUCCAUUAGUAUCGAGCAGCUUGCUCUGGCUGCUCACGGAGUGUUCACAUGUCAGGCCAUUUUUGACACAGACAGAGAAGCGCGGUUUAUCUACUACUAUGUGUACCUGACUGUUUGGGUUCCCAUCAGCAAACCGUACCUGGUGUUGAGUGAGCUCUCCCCAGUGGAGGGAAGCACUAUUUGGAUGCGCUGUAAUCUGGAGAAUGGGACUGGUCCAAUACAGUACGAGUGGCACCAUGAAAACAUGAACGGCAGCGUGACUGUUAUUGGGCCCGGAAACUCCAACGUCAUCGACGUGAGCAAAAUCAACCGCAACAACACCGGAUGGUACCUCUGCCGUGCCCAAAACCCAGUCAACAGCGAACAGUCGGACCGCCACUGGUUAAGCAUCAUAUUUGGUCCUGAUGAGCCCAAAAUAGACGUGACUCCGUACACAAUGACCGAGCGUGGAUACUCGGCUUUAGAGAGAGAGACUGUCUCUUUACUGUGCCAGGCUCAGUCCAACCCUCCCAGUCAAUACGUGUGGCUCUACAACAACUCUCAAGUGUUCGGCGGGCCUCAGUACACCAUCACCAAGAUCCUCCGCAUGCACACGGGCGACUACACCUGCCUUGCCCAGAACACCUACCUGAACACCCGCUCCGUGAAGUCCAUCAGCCUGACUGUCUACUAUCCCCCAGAGGGCCUGCCGGUAUGCUCCAUGGAGGCAGUAUUCAACCACAGCUCUUUGAGGCUGGUAUGUCUCUGGGCCGGAGGAUACCCUGCUCCAAACCUGAGCUGGAGCAGUGACUUAAAUUUAACUCAACAAGAGAAAACUGACACAGACCAAGUGAAGAACACGGCCAUCUUUGUGGCUUCCGUCAACAAUACAUCAAACAACAGCUCGUUCUUCUGUAGAGGCUCCCACCCUGCAGUCCCCCAGGCCGCACAGUGCAGUGUGCACACAUAUGUUCCUCCCGAGGAGCCCCAGUGUUUUUUCAGUGUGACUGACCUCAAUGUGACACUGUCCUGCCUCUGGGAGGGCGGAGUCCCGAGGGCUCUGCUGUGGUGGGACGGUCCAGGUGGGCACAGUAAAUCUGGACUGGAGAGCUCCAACAACAUGACCAUACGAUAUGGCACUCUGCGCACUGAGACGCCCUACACUUGUCAUGCCAGACACCCACUUUUGUUUCAGUCAAGAACCUGCAAAAUCACAAUGGAUCCGCCAGUGAACUCCUCCUCAUGCUCCAUGGAGGCAGUAUUCAACCACAGCUCUUUGAGGCUGGUAUGUCUCUGGGCCGGAGGAUACCCUGCUCCAAACCUGAGCUGGAGCAGUGACUUAGAUCUGACUCAACAAGAGGAAACUAACGCAGACCAAGUGAAGAACACGGCCAUCUUUGUGGCUUCAGUCAACAAUACAUCAAACAACAGCUCGUUCUUCUGUAGAGGCUCCCACCCUGCAGUCCCCCAGGCCGCACAGUGCAGUGUGCACACAUAUGUUCCUUCCGAGGAGCCCCAGUGUUUUUUCAAUGUGACUGACCUCAAUGUGACACUGUCCUGCCUCUGGGAGGGCGGGGUCCCGAGUGCUCUGCUGUGGUGGGACGGUCCAGGUGGGCACAGUAAAUCUGGACUGGAGAGCUCCAACAACAUGACCAUACGAUAUGGCACUCUGCGCACUGAGACGCCCUACACUUGUCAUGCCAGACACCCACUUUUGUUUCAGUCAAGAACCUGCAAAAUCACAAUGGUUGCAGUCAGUAGCCCCUCCCUGUCGGUCAGUGAGACAUCUCCACUGGAAGGAUCAUCUAUUUCUAUGAUCUGCAAAGUCCAAAACGGGACAGGGCCAAUCCAUUAUGAGUGGCACUACAAUGCGCAGAAUGGAGCCAGGUUUAAAGUUGCUCAAAGCAACAGCACCGUUCUUCAUCUAAUCAAUCUAAAACACAAUCAAACGGGCUGGUAUCAAUGUGGGGCCAGUAACCUGGUCAACAGUCAGACGUCUGAUCCAGCAUGGGUGGACGUCAUUUACCCGCCAGUGAACUCCUCCUCAUGCUCCAUGGAGGCAGUAUUCAACCACAGCUCUUUGAGGCUGGUGUGUCUCUGGGCCGGAGGAUACCCUGCUCCAAACCUGAGCUGGAGCAGUGACUUAGAUCUGACUCAACAAGAGGAAACUAACGCAGACCAAGUGAAGAACACGGCCAUCUUUGUGGCUUCAGUCAACAAUACAUCAAACAACAGCUCGUUCUUCUGUAGAGGCUCCCACCCUGCAGUCCCCCAGGCCGCACAGUGCAGUGUGCACACAUAUGUUCCUCCCGAGGAGCCCCAGUGUUUUUUCAGUGUGACUGACCUCAAUGUGACACUGUCCUGCCUCUGGGAGGGCGGAGUCCCGAGGGCUCUGCUGUGGUGGGACGGUCCAGGUGGGCACAGUAAAUCUGGACUGGAGAGCUCCAACAACAUGACCAUACGAUAUGGCACUCUGCGCACUGAGACGCCCUACACUUGUCAUGCCAGACACCCACUUUUGUUUCAGUCAAGAACCUGCAAAAUCACAAUGGCUUCCCUCAGAAAACCAGACUUAAUAAUGAGCGCUGCCGAUCCGCAAGAAGGCUCCACAGUCUGGAUGCGCUGUAGUCCAAAGUCUGGGACUGAGCCGAUCCACUUCAUGUGGCAAUAUCGAGAUCACACAGGAAACAUCUCCACAAUGGAGGAAACAACUGCUGAUCUCCAGCUGACUGUCAAACGUAGCCACAUGGGAUGGUACCGCUGCCUGGUCAAAAAUCCAGUCAACAACAUGCAAUCUGAUUGGACAAAAUUAAAUGUCACGUAUGGCCCAGAGCUUCUUGACAUCAACAUAACUCCAAAAGCAGUGGCAGAGCAAGGAUACAUAGCACUGGAGCAGGAGACGGUGUCUUUGUUUUGUCAGGCCCAGUCAAAUCCAGCAAGUCAUUACAUUUGGUUCUACAACAACUCACAGGUUCACAAUGGGCCGCAGUUCACACUCACAAACAUCCUUCGAACUCAAACUGGGGACUACACCUGCUUGGCCCAAAAUGCUUUGCUCAAAACUCGCUCCAAGAAGUCUAUCAGCCUGACUGUCUACUACCCCCCCGAUGGUCAACCCAUCUGUUCUGUUGAGGGAACACUUGAGCAUUCUUCCCUCAGACUGCUCUGCAGAUGGUCUGGUGGACACCCUUCUCCAAACCUCUUCUGGAGCGGAGCCCUUGUGGAUCAGGAGGGAGUGAAUACGAAGACCAACAGCGCCACCUUGAUGUAUUCACAAGGCACGGCAUCCAACAACAGCCUGUUUAAAUGUCAAGGAUCACACAUGGCUUUAAAACAGACAACAGGAUGCAGUGUUCAACCAUAUUCUCCUUCAGGGGCCCCUCAAUGCUCAGCCUUUGUGACCAGCAACAACCAGAGACUGAUGCUGUCGUGUUCAUGGGACGGGGGGUUUCCAAAGGCACUGGUGUGGUGGGUGGGUCCAGGUGUUCAGGGUUCAGCUGGAACAGAGGCCACCAACAUCCUCAUCCUCCGCUACGGGACAGUCCGGAGCCAGCAGCCUUAUAUCUGCCACGCAAGACACCCCCUAGAGGCGCAGACACGGACCUGUACUGUUCCCCUUGAGCCUCCGGUGUUGAGAACACAGCGCAGGACAGUGACUGUAUUUGAAGGCACUGAUGUCCAGCUUACAUGUAGUUUGAUGGACAAUAAUCUGCCUUCAAAUGAAAUCAUCUGGUUCAAUAAUAGGGGUGUGGGUGUGAUGGACACUCCAAAGUACCUGCUCCUGCGCUCCUCCGCCUGGGCCAACCUCACUGUCCGCGACACUCAAGAGACCCAGGACAGCGGCCAGUAUCGCUGCACCACCUCUAAUGCUGUGGGAGGAACAGAAGUCAAUGUCACCUUAGUUGUCAAAAGACACCCCAUGCCACCCAAUGCAUCUCUGGUCAGCGUCAUGUACAACAGCCCUCAGAGAAACCAAGUGGAUCUGGAGUGGCAGGUGCACAACGAGGAAGCCCACAGUGGAGGCUGGACAGGUUUCAUUUUGGAGUAUUCGUGGAUGUUUGAAAAGCCUGGUCGAAGAGGGGGCACAAACCAGUCUAUUAUUUUGGCCCACCCAGAGAAGAUUGCGUCUAUAUGGUACAAUAGCAUCCUCCAGGACCCAUCACAGCGGACUCACACGCUUAGCGGACUCACCCCGACUGUCACCUACCAGUUCAGGAUCACCUCUAUCAACUACCGAACCUUGGGACACCCCUCUGCACCAAUAACACCAGCGGAACCUCGUCAAACCUCAUUACCAGCGAUCAUCGGAGCAGCGAUCGGAGGGAUGCUGUUCGCAGCGAUCCUCACGGCACUGCUGCUGAUGUACAUCAUCCGCAACCGCAACAACAACCCUCGUCUACACGAUCUGCUGUUUGGCAGGCAGCACAGUCAGUCAAGAGAAAACAUCAACUUUCCAGAGGAUGAAGUGAUGGGAUCUGCGGGGGGAAUAGAGGAUAUUGGUGGAUUAUCAAGUUCAGGUGCCACAGUGUCUUUGCCCCGAGCCGCUUCUCCCCUCGCAGCCCCCUCCCAGAGCCCCGGUCCAGCUCUCUCCACUCCACCCUUUGACGACGGCAACGAACCGGUCAACGUCACCAUCACUGUCAACACUACAUAG